AUAAUCCAUGUUUGUGGAUUACAAAUUUGCAUUUCGUGGUAGGAGCAACAUGAAUAAUUCAGACUUAUUGUGCUGAUAAUUAACGUACGGACUCACGCAAAUGACACAUGCUCGAACAAACAUGGCGUCUGUCAGAUUGAAACGACUGUGUCGCAAGUUCUUUGGCAAUCCCGGAGGAUUUCACAAGAGACCACUGGCGUUUUUUUUCAUCUUUUCCCUAGUGAUCUUUUGCCAAGUUCUUAUCGUCAGCCGAGAGAUGUUUUAUCCCAACUCUGAGGUUCGCCGUUAUGAUAGCACAAGAACAACAACAGUAAACAACACAAAAAAUAUCUCGAAUACUCUGUCGCUAGAAUUGACGAAACAUAUCGCUGUUAAUGGUAGAACGGAAAAGGGAUGGAAGGCUAAAAGCCUUAGAAACUCGAGAAGACAUGGUGGCAGCGAAGACCAUACUAUUAAUCAAUCUUCCUCAAUACAUGGAUUUAUUAAUGUCAAUGAUAUCAUAGUGUCUAUCAAUAGGACGUUGAAUGAGACUGCUAAGCCAACACUAGAUCACAGAAUCGUGUUCGAGUACUGGCCAACUGUGGAAUUUAAACUUCUAACGCCUGUUAUAACGCCGAUUGCGGACGAUAAUGAGUACUUUGUUGUGAUUAUGAUUCACUCUGGUGUUCAUUCCAGCGUGCAUUUAGAUAGAAGAAAUGCAAUUCGUAGGACAUGGGGAAAUGGUAGAAGAUCAACCAACGACACAGGUUCCAAAGUAGACAGCCUUUCCUUCAAGUUAGUGUUUUUACUAGGUAAAAGUUACGACAAAGUCCUAGAUGACAAAAUCGCCACGGAGGCUAAGCUAUAUAAUGAUAUUGUAGUGGGUGAUUUUCACGAUAAUUAUACCAACUUGAUCAUCAAGGUCUACAUGGGGUUUAAGUGGAUUCAAGAGAACAUGAACUCCAAAUUUGUCAUCAAAGCAGACGAUGAUCUGUAUCUCUACCUUCCGCGAUUGACACAUCGUCUGGCUAAGGCAGGUCCGAGAUUCUUUGGAGGGCUUGUUUGGAAGGAUGCCCCAGUAUUCAGAAGUAUCACCAACAAACAUGCGAUCAGCAUGAUGUACUAUUCAGAGAAGCGAUAUCCACCUUACUGUGGUGGCGGGUUUUACGCAUUUACUAAAAACCUUCUACCAGAUUUCAUACGUCUGACAACUCGUUUUCGUCCGUUCCACGUAGAAGACGCUUACUUGGGCAUUUUAUUACGCCACAUUAACGUCAGGCCUUCGCCUAUGUAUGGAGUAAUGUUGGGCGAUUGGAUGCCUUCGAGCCUACCCUUCAUCAAGGACUGCGAAUGGGCCAUGGCUAUAGCUGUAGGUCACAGUUUUAACGGUUCACACAUUGAUCACGUCCAUUCCAAAAUAUCUUCAAUCGACCCGGAAAGCCUGACGCAGGCGGAUUGGCUCAAGUGUCGACGAAGGCGGCAACCGGGAACGAACGAAGGGAACAUCGUAGCUGCUGUGUGCGGUAUUUUCCUUAGUUUAACUAUGAUUUUUAUAUAUAUCGUGGUAGCGUUUCUCCCUGGGCAGUUCGACUACCCGGAAGAUUAUGGGUUUAUUCAGAACAGGAGACGAUUGAUGCCACGCUAUCAAAGGCUUAGGAGAAAUUCCGUUAAUCUCUAAAGUCCUUUUGUAUAUUAAUAUUAUAUAUUUAACGAGGGCGGGGGGGAGGGGGGUGGGUGGGUGGGUUGGGGGGGUGUCAGGUUUCCCCUAUGAAACGUCCAGGGACCCCAAACCUAAAAAUUGAAUCCUGCAACGACAUAAAA